AUGGCAAAUCCGUUUGCAUCUGCCGACGAGGAGUCCGGCACGAAUCCCUUCAGUAAUGAUCUUCAGGCCAGUCUGCCUCAGCAGGCAGAUGCAGUUCGGCCACGCGCGGCCGACCCGGCGCCCGAGGCUGCGAAGAACCCCUUUGCGGAGGGAAGCAAUGCUGCAGCUGAGGCGGCUCCGCAUGGGGAUGAUGGUGACGUAAGCUUGCCGAAGGAGUUCAGCGCCCAUUCUGUGGAAUCUUCUCAGGUGGAUGCUCAUAGACAAAGCAUGUUCCAGAAUGCUGAAGCCUGUGCCGUUUGUGGUGCUUGGCUUGGUAAACGCUGGAUGCGACCACGGCACCAUUGUCGAAUGUGCAAUCUAAGCGUUUGUGCUGCCUGCUCGCCCAGCAUGAUCGUUACAAAAGGUGAUGCUGGCCUACAGCGCGUUUGCAAUCCGUGCGUAACGGCGAUGCAAGAAGCGGCCGAGCUAAAGGAGCGAGUGUUCGCGCUGGCCGAUGCCCUGGACGGCAUUACGGGGGAGGGCGACCCUGGCAAAGACGCCGACGACUCCGGCGAAGCCAAGAAGUCCUUGCAACAUGGCUUCCUGGCAUGCGAGGCAUCAGUCUCAAAGCUGGAAGACCUUCGUCGACGCCAUGAAGUGGCCUUCACUCAGGUUGGUGUCUUGAAGAAAGAGCUUCAAGAGGCAGCAAAGUCCAGAGAAGAGGAUGCAAGAAAGCGGGCCGCUCUGGAAUCUGAGUUCCAGGCGAAGAGCCGAAGCGAAGAGCAGCACAGGGUCCGCCUCGAGGCGCAAGCUCGAGAGGAGAUGCAGAAAAGGGCCUGCGUGGAGGAGGAGCUGCAGGAACUGCGAGCAGAGAAGAGCAAAUUGCAAGAAGAACUCCGGAACGUGGCAGAGGUCGCUAAAGGCUCACUCGAGACCUCGAUGCCAGCGAGACACAUUGGUGGAUCCUCUACACCUUCUUCACAAUCGGUCAUUGCCGACCGGUUGGUGAGACCUGAGCUACCCGCAGAGGGGCCGGCUCAGAACUGCUCAGACAACUGCAAGAACCGUUGCAACAUGAUGUGA